AUGUACCAUCAUGACAGCGGCCCGCACAUUGAAGAAGUUUUUGAUCCACCGUCUCGACGAACGAUGAUGCAGGAAAUAGAAACUCAUCCCGAUGUAAUUGCAUUCGGCAAAAAACUCCGAAAAAUUAAAAACCAACCGGAGUCCACCUUUCUUUCUAGUGCCGAUCGCAUGGAAGAAAUAAUCGAUGCGUUUAGAGAUCAAAUCGCCAAGUGGGAAGAAGAGGAAGAGUUGAAUGAGCCAUGUGAAUAUCGGCAAUUAAAAAUUGAAAUUUUCACGCAAAAGAAAAUUGAAUACCAAAGAAAAAAUAAUUUGGCAGUCGACGAAUUCUAUAAGAAGAGAAAUCUUAAGAAUCACAGCAACAGAAAACCGUUGGAAGAGAGCAGGAGAAGAGAGGAGCCUCGAGAUAGAGUCCACGAAUCGAAUAUAGACAUAACGCAUCGUGGCGAUAGCACCAGUCUGAAUCAUUAUUCUCGGCACCAUUAUUCUCAACGACAAUCACAAAGUUCUCGGUUCGAAAGAGAGCGUGAAUCCGACGAGGAAGAGGAAAAUAGUCAGCCGAUUCAACGUUAUCGUUCUAGAUCUCCCAAACCAUCAUACAGCUACAACCAAUCGACAAUGCAACAGUCACAACGUGAUGAUACCAACGUUUACCAUAGAAGCCAUCAAAGCACAUCUCAACCUCCACAAGUGAGAAUGCGUUCCGGAAAAAGCCGUGUCACGAAGACACACAACCGCAAGUUUCGACCUGGACAGAAAGCCUUGGCUGAAAUUCGAAAGUAUCAGAAGUCGACAGAUAUGUUGAUCCAGAAGGCUCCUUUUGUUCGUCUUGUUCAUGAAAUUAUUCGAGAACAAACCUACAAAAGUCAAGACUAUCGUAUUCGUGCGGAUGCUUUGAUGGCUCUACAGGAAGCAGCAGAAGCAUUCAUGGUUGAAAUGUUCGAAGGAUCCGUACUGAUUUGCAAUCACGCUAAGCGUGUCACACUCAUGCCCACUGACAUUCAGCUGUAUCGUCGCUUGUGCCUUCGAAACCUAUCCUAA